AUGGAUCCCCCACAACCCAGCGGACUCGAUGAACUGAGGCGCCAAGCAGAGCAAAUUCGAGAUAAUACAGUCGCCCCGAGCUCACGGGCUGCCUACGUCAACUCCUACAGUCGCUUCAUCUCGUGGCUUCUUCUGAGCCAUCAAAACCUCAUUCCGGACGCAUUUGCAGGCCGUAUCGGCGACGUGACGGGACUCUCCGAGAAGCAAUUGCGGCGGCGUAUUAAACCCCUGCUCACCAGAAGAAACGACGACCCUCCCGUACUAUUUGAUAAUUUGGACGCAGAAGCUUUUGAAACGUGGCUUCUCACGCUUCGAAAGCAAGAUGGUUCAUCGCUCAGCUACUCGGCUCUGAACACCCAUCGCGCUGGGUUGUUUAAUCUCUACAGAGACUACGGCCGUUUAAUGGGGCCUCUCAUGGAAAACGAGUUGCGCCAGUUCUUCAAAGGGUUGAAACGACAGUUGGCUACAACGCAAGCGCGGGGCGAAGGGAACGUGAAAGUGGGGAAGGAUCCUCUGUCAUUUGAAUUGUAUGAAUUUCUCUGCGACCAUUUGCUUGCGCUACCAGGAGUUGGCGCCAUUUUUUCCCGGACGUACCUGAUUUUAUCG